AUGGCUUCCAGCUACCCCCCUCCAUUUGAGGAGCAGGAGGGGGUGAGGGAGGGUUUCCUGUGCCCACUGUGUCUGAAAGACCUGCAGUCUUUUUACCAACUCCAGUCUCACUAUGAAGGUGAACAUUCAGGUGAAGAUAGAGAUGUCAAAGGGCAACUGAAAAGACUUCGCCCGUCAUGUGCUUAUGAAGACCGAGCUGAAUCCGGGAGUCAUGAACGCUACGAGUCUUUAUACAAUGGAGGAGUGAACCCCUAUAUGUGGGAGCCACAAGAACUAGGUGCAACAAGAAGCCACCUGGAGUAUUUCAAGAAACACAGAGCCGCCAGGAUUGAUCACUACGUUAUUGAAGUUAAUAAAUUAAUAAUCAGGUUAGAGAAGCUGACAUCAUUUGAAAGAACAAACACAGAUGCUGCUAAAAUAAGAGCAAUUGAAAAGUCUGUUGUAUCAUGGGUAAAUGAUCAAGACGUGCCAUUCUGUCCAGACUGUGGAAAUAAAUUUAACAUUCGAAACAGACGCCACCACUGCCGCCUCUGUGGAUCGAUCAUGUGCAAGAAGUGUAUGGCGUUUAUUACCCUUCCAUUAGCAUAUAAACUGACUAGUGCCACUAAAGAGGCCAUGUCCUUUCUGGGCAGCCCCAGCCUGUCUCCCAGCAGCAGUGUGCAGGGCUCCCGGCGUGGCAGCAUCAGCAGUAUGAGCAGCGUCAGCUCCGUCCUGGACGAGAAGGAUGAUGAGCGCAUCCGCUGCUGCCGCCACUGCAUGGGCACGCUGCACAAACGAGAGCAGCAGAUGGACGAGAAGGAUUACGCUCCGGAGAUCGUCAAGUUCUACGAGAAACUCCGGAUGUGUAUGGAAAAGGUGGAUCAGAAGGCUCCUGAUUACAUAAAAAUGGCUGAAUCAUUAAAUGCUGGAGAGUCUACCUAUAAUUUAGCGCAUGCUAACGGUCUCAGACUGGAAGUCCAGAAGUAUUAUGAAUUAAUUGAUGCACUAAGUAAGAAGAUCCUUAUGUUGGGUAUGAAUGAAGAGCCUAAACCACAUCCCAAAACCCAGCAGUUACAGCGGAUGAUCAGAUAUACAGCAACACUAUUUGUACAGGAGAAACUCCUUGGAUUGAUGUCUCUACCAACAAAAGAAAAAUAUGAAGAGAUGAAAGAAAAAAGGAAGCAAGACCAGGAGAGAAAGCUACAACUGGAGAAACAGGCUCUUCAAGAGGCACAGAGCAGGAGCACAGAGGAAAAACCAAGAGACCAGUUGCAUGUAGCUGCCAGUACUAAUGGUGAAGCUGCACAAAUGCAAAAGUCCUCCAUGAUUAAAGCAGGUGGCUGGCUGCCUUCUUCCGGUGCACCACGCAACUGGGAGAACUCAGACCCUCUCCUCCAGCAGAUAGACAACAUUCAAUCAUUCAUCCAACAGGCGAGAGAAGCCAACAGGGUGGAUGAAGUGAACAUGUUGGAAGAGAACCUCCGACAGCUGCAGGAUGAGUAUGACCAACAACAAACUCUUCUAGCGAUGGAGCUUUCCAAAAGAGCAGCUGAAGAGGAAGCCGUGCAGGAAGAGCAGCUGCAGAUCCUUCACGAAAGAGAGUGGGAGCGAGAGCAGCAGAAGAAAACAACAUCGCAGCACUCUCAAACACAUUCUUCACAUUCCCGGGAUGUAAAGUCCGUCCAGGAAGGCGUUUACGGAAAGCCGACUUUGGCUGUGGGAACUUCAGACUCCACCCAAAACAAGAUUAGCCCCUUAUCAAAAACACAGUACUUGAGAGUUUCCCAGCCCUGGCCCAAUCAAGAGAAUCUGUCUUCCUUACACCAAUGCGAAUGUGAACCACAGCUUGGAGCCAAUGCAGAACAACAUAAGAAACCUACUUCUUCUUUAAAUCCUUUUGAAGAUGCAUCUACACCACUGGAGGAUGAUCCCUCAAAUCCCUUCCAUGAAGAAAUGUCAAAAUCAAGAAGAGAUCUUUCAAAUGGCAAAAAGGACAAUAACCCGUUUGAAGAAGAGGUUGAAGACUCCAGUGCUGUCGCAUCAAACCCAUUUGAAGAUUAUGGAAAUCCUUUCACUGAGCCCAGUCAAAGUGCUGCUAAACCAUUCACUGAGACGGCAUCAACUAACCCUUUUGACAUGGAUGAGGGUGCUGUCGAUGAAAAUAUCAUUGAAGAGGAACUGCUCCUUCAGCAGAUAGACAACAUCAGAGCUUACAUCUUUGAUGCCAAACUCAGUGGACGCAUAGAUGAGGUGGAACUGCUUUCUGAGAACCUACGAGAACUGCAACGCACUUUGCAAGAACAGAAGCAGAAAAGACGUUGACUUGUUGGAAGGCUAAUGGUGUAGAGCUCUGUUCUCCUGAUACGUGGUUAAUAUGUGGCUUUACCUAUCUGUUGAAAUAGUGGGAGCUCUUCAAUUCGUAUGUGUCUGGCAAAGCAAAAAACCAACAGCAAAAACACUCAUUUUGUGUAACUUUGGUUUAAUAUCCAAUAGAUAAUAUGAUCACACAGGACAAGGACUAGUUUGAUCAAACAAUCCUGCCCAAAUUAUAAACAAGAAAUAGCCCACUAGAAAUAAGAUGCACCACCUUAAUGGAGAAUGUAUUAAAUGAUUUUGUUUUUGGAGGGGGUUGCUUCUCAAAUAGCCUUUAAAGUAUUGGUUAAAGUGUAAAUACCUUAAUUACAUUUUGGUCCUCAAAUACUGUGUUUUUCCUUUUCUGUGUUAAGGUGCUUUGACUGAGUUCAGGUGCUGUCCUUUAGUUAUAGUUGUAUGGAUGUAUGUAAAUCAGGCUAAAUUAACUAAAGUAUUUUCACAAUAGUUGGUGAAACCUGAUCCAAAGUGGCAGACUUCGAUAAAGACUGAUCUAGCGUAUGUUGCAUAUAACUGUCAGGCAACUAGAACAGCUGUUGAACUCAGGUGAAAACACCUUUUAUACAGAUUUUCAAAUAAACAGUGUUUGAGUAAUUGUAAUGAGAGUCUGUCAGAACGAAUGCAAACACCAUAAAAAAAAAAAAAAACUUUUAAAUAUACUUUUUGAAGCAACAUAUUUUUAUCAGGUGUAACUGCAUUUCAAGAUAUUUCAACACGUCUUACAUUUUUAUCACAAAUUGUUUCCUAAAUUUAAGCAGACCCGCCCCUCCAUUUUUUUUUUUUUGCUUUCUGAACUGUCCUGAUUUACUGGGAAAACCAGUGCAGAACAAGAGGUGUUGCACGAUUGUUUAAAAUGAUUUUUAGUAUUGUUACCACUCGUUAUAUACUUGUAUAGUCGUUGGUUGCUAGAGGUAUUAUUGCCUUAAUAUUAUGUUUAAACAAAUAGAUUAUUACAGCACAUUUUCGGAGGUGAAUUCCAGCAUUUCAAUCACUGCAUUUUUACCAGGAUGACAUUAAAUCUUGUCUCUUUUUAUGAUGUACUGGUAAUCAUUUAGCAGAAAUGAAUCUGGUCUACCCAAUGAACUCCACAAAAGACCUCAUUUUAUUUUGUGUAUAAUGUUGCAUGAUGUAAUCGAACACAGAUUUUUUUUCUUUUUAACAUGAAAACAUUCACCUGUAAUGUACAGAUGUUGCCAAACGUUUAGCAUCACCUACAAUAGUAGGAUUGAGACAUCAUGUAAUCAAAGAAAAUAAAAAUAUUAUUGCAAGUCUUCCGGAA